CAAUGUUUUGCAUUCGCACAGAGCAGUCGAUUUAGUUUUAUGCAUUUAUUGUAUACGAGUCUAUAUACUGUUAAAGAUAAUGGGAAAAAAACAAAUAAUUGGAGGAAUGAUGUAGCAGUCAAUUUACCUAACACCCCUUCGACCAAGCUAAAGAAACCCCACAGAAACUGUGACCUUUCUUUUCGUUGAGAACUCCAUUUGGCGUUUGCUCAUAGUUGAUCAUCGUUACGUUUAGAUCAACGCAGCACGAUGUCCGGAGGUCUUGAUGCGUUGGCUUUGAAGGAGGAAGAUGUGACAAAAUUCCUGGCUGCAGGUUCUCAUCUGGGCUCCACAAAUGUGGACUUCCAGAUGGAACAGUAUGUGUACAAGCGCAAGAAUGAUGGUAUGUACAUUAUGAACAUUCGUAAGACAUGGGAGAAGAUCUUGAUUGCAGCUCGAGCUAUAGUAGCUAUUGAAAACCCGUCUGACGUAUGCGUUAUUUCAGCUCGUCCAUAUGGUCAGCGUGCAAUUUUGAAGUUUGCAACUCACACUGGUGCCUCUCCAGUGGCUGGUCGCUUCACACCUGGUACAUUCACCAAUCAGAUUCAAGCUGCUUACAGAGAACCACGUAUAUUGGUUGUCACUGACCCAAGAACUGAUCAUCAACCAAUCACAGAAGCUUCCUAUGUGAACAUCCCUGUUAUUGCUUUCUGUAACACCGAUUCUCCAUUGCGUUAUGUGGAUAUAGUUAUCCCAUGUAAUAACAAGGGAGCAAACUCAAUCGGUUUGAUGUGGUGGUUCUUGUCUCGUGAGGUUUUACGUAUGCGUGGAACAAUCAGCCGUGAAGUACCAUGGGAUAUUAUGCCUGAUUUGUACUUCUACAGGGAUCCAGAAGAGGUUGAGAAGGAAGAACAAGCUGCCUUGGAGAAAGCUACAAAGGAAGAGCCUGCUGCAGCUCCUUAUGCCGACCAAUGGGGUGGGCAGCCAGCCACUGUGGAAUCUGCAGCAUCUGCUGUAUCAGCUCCUGCUGUUUCUGAAGUCACUGAUUGGGGUGCAGAAUCAGUUGCUGUUCCCAGUGUUCCAAUCCAGCCUGGCUAUGGUACUACAGAUGACUGGGGUGCCCAAGAACCAUCUACAGAUUGGUCUGCUUCACCUGCUCCAGUAGCAGCACCUCUACCAGGUGCAGUGGCUGCAACUGCUACUACAGACUGGGGUGGUUCUGAUGCACAGGAUUGGUCAUAAACCAGAACCUGACUCUGAAAACUAAGAAAACUGAAUAUUUCUGUCUGAAAUGAACUCUAAAAAGGAAUAACAAAUGUUGCAUCAUUGAACAUUUUGUCAAAGAUAUUUUGUAAGGAUACAAAAAUGUAAAAUGUUCCAUGCUUGGCAUACUGAAUAAAUAAAACUGAAUGGUUGAUACUGUA